AUGACAAGCGCGCCACAAUUAGAAUUGGAAAAGCAAGAAGGUGUACCUGUUGCUGAAGAUGGUACUAUUGGACAUCAAGCUGAAAAAGCAAAACUAGGAUUAAAAGAACAGGAAGCUGGUGCUAAAUUACAUGAAUCAUCAGUAACACAAAAUAUAAUACCAGGACAAAAUUUACUUGGUUAUCAAGAUUCAGCUCAACCAGGAAUUCGUCCAGGAGAUGUAGCUGGAAAAGCUGGUGGAACUUCAACAUAA